UCUAAACGUUGUUACGCAUGCGCUGUAAAGUUGGAAAAGUAUCAUGGCGGAAAAUAGUACAGUCUAGUUGCAUCUAUUUCAAAAAUAAGAAGCAAUUACGAAAUCAAGAUGGCACAUGAGAUAAAUAUAAAGAACAACAAAUACCGGCAGUGGGUUAAGGCUGGCCUAGGCUUGGGUUAUCUUAAAGAGGGACUUGCGCCAUUUUGUGAUGCCAUAGGAAGACAGCAGCACAGCGAUAUUAUAAACCAAAUACAACAAACUAAGACUCCUCAACCAAACAAAACAUGUGGCGCCUGUCAGAUAACAAAUCUACAGCCAGAUCAUGUCCGAGUCUCAAAAGGGAAAUGUCCCCUCAAUCAAGAUAAAUGUAACUGUUGUUUUCCUAAUAAUAAGAGACCCUGUCCAAACUAUGUAUGUGGUGCCAUCUAUGACAGCAUUAUACAGUAUCAUGCAUCAAUACCACCGGCACCUUUUUGGAAAAACAGUGAUGUCAAACAGUGGUCGACAGACCCCUGGAGUGUCAUUAAAUGUUUUAUAAAUGCUCCUGGGUACAAGGACAAGACAUCAGCAGUCGACACUGAUUGUACUGGGUUGCUUCAUGUUAUCAUAAAUAACAAGUACUUUCAUAGCCAUAUUGGAUGCAAUGUUACAGGACCAAACAAUCUUUUUUUAAAGGUACGGCAGUAUCGAAAUGAAAUUUUUCACUCUAGCUCUAUGGAGUUAGAGGAGAGCAAGGCUAAUUGUUAUAUCGAUGACAUGAUAGCUGUUCUACAAGAUGGUAAAGAACUUGUACAUCGACAAGAUGCACAACAAGCUGUCAGGAAACUUCAAGAUGUAAGUGUACAUAAAGAAUUAUAUUUGAAAUCUUUAAGUUGUAAUAAUUUAAAAUAAGCUCAGCUCUAAAUU